AUGAUGCCAGGCGUGGCUAUGGGCUUUGAAGGGCAUGAUAUGAACCACGACGCAGAAAAUACGAUUGCGACGGACAACAAUAUGGAGUUUGAACGACGUUCAAUCGCACCGGAUUCUCUCACGGAUAUCGACGAAAAACAAGAUGCAUCCCCCUAUCCACCACCGAAAACUUUUCCACACGAACUGGCUUUCGUCAUCGUUGUCUGCGCCGCCCAGCUCAUGACACAAGCCGGUCUGGCAUUAUCGAUUGCACCCCUGAAACAAAUCAGCAACAGUUUUGACAGCACCCCGCAACAACUGACAUGGGCUUCGUCAGCAUACAGUCUGACAGUCGGGACAUUCAUCCUAGUGUCCGGAAGACUGGGUGACGUGUAUGGCCACCGAUUGAUGUUCAUCGUUGGUUUCAUGUGGUUCGCACUCUGGUCUCUUCUGGCCGGUUUCUCCGUGUGGUCAAACUCCAGGUUCUUAGAUUGCUGCCGUGCCUUCGCAGGCAUUGGCCCUGCCAGUCUACUUCCCAAUGCAGUCGCCAUCUUGGGAAGAACAUACCCACCCGGCAAGCGAAAGAGCAUGGUGUUCUGUAUGUUCGGAGCUGUGGCCCCAGGGGGGUUCAUCAUUGGCGCAACAUUUUCGUCAUUGAUUGCUGAGAAGCUGUGGUGGCCCUGGGCAUAUUGGAUUUGCGCAAUUGCGUGUUGUAUGUUUGCAGUCCUUGGAUUCCUGGUGAUUCCUCAUAUGCCACAAGAAAAGCCAAGGCCAGAACUCUCCACCCUUGCUCGACUGGACGGACUCGGGGCUACGCUCGGUAUCUCGGUUGUGGGAAUUUUGAUUAUUGGGACUUUCCUUUAUGUAGAAAGCAAGGCUGCGUAUCCAUUGCUGCCUCGUUCAGUCUUCAAGGGUGAGACUGGCUGGGUCCUUGGCUGUAUAUGUGCGGGCUGGUCCUCGUUUGGCGUUGUAGUAAUCUACUACUACGCUAUCAUGACCAACAUCGAACUAAACAGUGGGCUUCUUGUGACGGCCAAGUUUUCUGGUGUUGCCGUUUCAGGUGCCAUCGCGGCUGUGGUUACUGGACUACUUCUCGGAUACCUUCCAGCCUGCGUAAUAAUGUUCAUCGCCAUGGUGGCUUUCGCAGCAGGCCAGGCGUUAUUGGUUUCGCUGCCCAUAGGCCAGAUUUACUGGGCCAACGCCUUCUUGAUCGCAAUUAUCACACCUUGGGGAAUGGAUAUGUCCUUCCCGUCCGGUAUCUUGAUUUUGAGUAACGCCAUGCCAGCGGAAGACCAAGGUGUUGCCGGUUCGCUCGUGACCACGGCUGUGAACUACUCGAUUUCCUUGGGAUUGGGCGUUGCUGGAGUGGUGGAGAGCUACGUCAAUGACAAUGGCCAAGACGUCCUCAAAGGAUAUCGUGGAGCCUCAUAUAUGGGUCUUGGCUUUGCUGGGUUGGGUGUCAUGGUUGCGACCAGUUUUAUGAUUGUGACUUGGAAGAGGUCAUCCAAGAAAAGCCUGUAA